GGAUUACGCUCGCGGCUCUCAUAAUUGUUAUUUUAAAUAAUUUUUAAGCGUAGUGUAGCCACAUUAAAUUUGCGAUACGCGAAAUUUUUAAUCGAAUAUGUCGACGUCAAUUUUUAAACUGACAAUAUGUAACAUAUACGUCGAUAUUUAUAUAAUUUAGCUCAAAAUGUCAUAAUCGAAAACAGUGUAUGUUUGUUUUUGGUGUUUCGCUAGUAACGAUGGCUAGUUCUCCAACUAAUAUAGAGACGCAAAUAGACAGUUUCCUGGAGCAGUUUAAGAGAAGUGCUUCGAAGGCGAUGGAAGAGAGGAUGGAGUGGUCUGAUGGGCCGUCCCCAGGUGCUAUAAGCAAAUCACGCAGCAGCUGCUUCCUAUUAGAUUCUGCUUCUGAAGCCGAGUGUGAUGGCUGCAGCAGUGAGAAUGAAGAUGGCCGGAACGUGGGAGAGCUCCUGCUGCCGCAGUACGUGCUGGCCACCGGAGGCCUCGCCAGGGACCACAGGCCGCUCAUCAGCUUCCCCGACAACAACAACUUCCAUGUCCUCACGCCUGCGGAGUACAGGCGGCUGUUACUCUACCUCACUUCCAUACCUUCAUUACUUGAGGCAGAUAUGGGGUUUCACAUAAUAAUAGAUAGAAGGAAAGAUCGAUGGAAUUCAGUCAAGGCAGUACUGCUAAGAAUAUCUGAAUUUUUCCCCGGUAUAAUCCACACGGUGUAUGUUCUUAGACCGGCUAGCUUUCUACAGAAGGCUCUAUCAGAAGUGAGCAGCAAGCUCUUCAAGGAGGAGUUCAGGUUUAGAGUGCUGGUGUGCUCAAGUGUGGAUGAGUUGUAUGAGCAUUUUGACCGCUCCCAGCUCACGCCAGACCUGGGAGGAGAGCUGCAGUACUCGCAUUCUGAGUGGAUUCAGCAGAGGAUAGCUUUAGAGAAAUUUUCGACAUUAAUGAGAGAUAUUUCAACAAAACUGGACGAGUUUAUGCAUGAAAUAGUCGACUGCGAUAUGGGCAACGAUCCAACACAAACCAAAGAAUUGUUAGACUGUCAAGAAUCUAGGUAUAAUGCUUUAAAAGGUGAAUUAUUAUUAGCAACAUCGCAAGGUGAAGAGCUGCUAACCCAAGUUCGGAAACCAAACCUUACAUACAAUAUUAUUAGUCACGUGGCAGCUGUAGAAAGAUUACUCGUUCAACUCGAUGAGACUGAAAAACAGUUUGACAGUUUCUGGCAUAAACACUCCAUGAAGUUGAACCACUGGCUCAAGUUUCGGACGUUUUUGUUAAACUUUAAACAAAUGCAGGCAACUUUAGACAAUCAUCUAAAGACCGCUUGCGAUAUGACCGAAGUUGGUGAAACUGCAAACCGUGUUGAUGACCUCAUUGAAGAAGCUAAUAAUUUUGAAAAAAUGUGCAACUGUGACCUUGAUGCUGCAACAGUGGUGAUCGAAGAAGGUGAGAAGUUAAUGCAAGACCCGCUAAGUUCAGUUGAUCACAUCGAGUCCAAAUGUGAAGAGCUGCGACGAACGAGCGCAUUACUUAUUGAAAAAAUACAAAAACGAAAUCUACUACUGACGAAAGCAAGAGAACUCAUGGACAGGAUAGAUAAGGCAAACGAAUGGUGCACGACUGGUGUGGAGAUAUUGGCGGGGGAAGGGGGCCUUAUAGCCGUAGACAAACUGCUGGAAGACGCCAAGAGCUUCGAGCUCACCUCGCCCGACGGCUUCAGAGACAUGCUGAUGCAGUCAGCAACCCAGGAGACUAGGGCGCUUGUUACUCAGGUAUCCCAACGUGUGGACGACGUUUGGCUGAUGGUGUCCGUGAAGCGAGCGACCCUGCAGCGAGCUGCGACCAAGCCGGCGCGUCCCAUACAGAGCGUGCCUCCACAGAGCGCUGCCCGUGACGUCACACUCGACGCGCCCGCAGUACAGAUGGAAACAUCAGGUGGGUCGGAGAGCUCCGGCGGGGAAGAUGCAGAGGCCCGAAGGUCUCGGCGAGGCCAUGUUCUGGCAGAGCUGCUGCAAACCGAACGAAUCUACGUACAGGAAAUGGGAUCCAUACUCACAGGUUACAAGGAAGAAUUAGAGAAACCAGAAAACCAGCAUAUUUUGCCGGCUAGCCUUGUUGGACAAACUGAUGUUUUAUUCGGCAAUCUUAAUGAACUAUUCACAUUCCAUCAGGAUAUAUUUCUGAAAGAUUUGGAGAGAUCGAUAUCGGCAACAGAGCUGGUGGCACUCUGUUUUGUUGAAAAGAGAGAUACAUUUUUCCGCCUGUACAGUUAUUAUUGCCAGAACAUUCCACGGUCAGAGCGGCUUCGGGAAACUUUGGUCGAUACACAUUUGUUUCUGCAAGCGUGUCAGCAACGGUUAGGUCAUAAACUGCCACUGGCUGCGUAUCUUCUUAAACCUGUGCAGAGAAUCACUAAAUACCAGUUGCUAUUAAAGGACUUGCUAAGGUACAGCGAGUGUGGGUCAAUGAGUUCAGGGCUCCAGCAGGCUUUGGACUGUAUGUUGGUCGUGCUGAAAUGUGUCAAUGACUCCAUGCAUCAAAUAGCCAUCACGGGUGUCCCUGUCGACUUGAGUCAACAAGGAGAACUACUCCUCCAAGGAUCAUUUCUGGUAGUAUCGGAAAACAAACGUGAUCUCAGAAUACGAAUCAGGCCGCGACGUCGGCAUAUAUUCCUCUACGAGAAGGCGAUGCUGUUCUGCAAGUCAGCGACAAAGAACAGUCAUAACAAGGCGACUUAUCAUUUCAAACAUGACUUACAGAUGUCGCAGAUAGGCUUGACGGAGUCAGUGAAGGGUGACCCUCGCAAAUUCGAAGUGUGGCGACAGGGGAGGGCCGAAGUUCAUACUAUCAGCGCGCCCAGUGCCGACGUGCAGCGCGUGUGGGUGGAGCGCAUCAAGCGAGUGUUGCUGGACCAGCUCAAGGAGCUGAAGGGGGAGAGGGUGCGCCAGUAUGCACAGAACCACAGGACACUUAUCCAAGCAAGUUCUUGGGACAUCGGCUCACAAACGGGUCCGAGACCACAUCCGCCUACUACGAAUUCAUCGCGUACUGCAUCUUGUGAUAACCACGAUGAGCCUUGCUGGUCUACCGACCCCUCAGAGGAUGAGGAGGAGGAACCAGAACAUGCGCCGGCGGUGGGGAGUGCGCUUAUGGCUUUGUCAGACUACACUGCCGUGGGCGCAAGCGAGGUGUCUCUGAGAGAGGGUCAGCAUGCUGAGCUGCUCAAGGUGGGCUGCGCGGGUUGGUGGUACGUGCGACUGGCUGGUGGCCAGGGUGAAGGCUGGGCUCCAGCAGCUUACCUCGACCAGCGAAAAACCUCGCGAUCCUCAAGUAGAUCUCAUGACCGACUGCACGACCACUGAAUUCUGAUUAUCACGCCGGCAACGCUUCUAGGCUACUCUUUACGAAACGCCGGCAAUAGCCACUGUUAGGCUUACACGGCACUAUAAAGCUUAGGUACUCUAGCUUCGUGCACAAAAUGGGUAUCUAUGACUCAUGCAGUCAUUUUUGUUGCUGUUAAAGUAUUGAGGAUAUUUUAAUUUAAAGGUAGUUUUCGAAUGCACCACCAGAGUGCGCUGAGUUCAGUGUUGAAACAAAAUCAUAAGAGUUAGUAACCUCAUAAACUAAACAUUAAAAAAUUACGGUUAUUUUAAGUAAUUUGGAUUUUGAUGAUUUUAUUAAAAAGAAAUUAUGUUUUGUGUAUUAUUUUAAAUCAGUUCUAAAAGAAAACAAUAUUACUAACAAUAAUAAUAAUAUAUAAAUAAAACAUCGAUCAAUGCCAACUUAAACAAAUUAAUUGUUUGUGUAUCUGCCACAGAGUUGGUAUCGAAUGCACGCAUCACGCGAAAGCUCUUUUGAGUGUGUUCGAUUGUGCUGUAGUUGGAACAUUCAACGUUGAGCAUUGCCGCUUAAUGCGCUUUAAUGCUGUAAUUGGAAAACUACCUGAGUGUUGGCAAAAUUAUGGAAAUGUUGAGUUUUUGUAUUGGUAGAUGUGACUUCAGCGAUUCUGUUAUUAAAAUUGUAACGUUUAAAAUUAUUGUUGAAAUAACUUUUUGUUUAUGUUCGCAAUUUGAAAUUGUGUUAGCUUAAGUGAUUCCCAAAAAUGUAACGCACCUUAUUAAUACGUACCUAACUGCGCAUUGCUACAAGCUAUUGAAGUUUUGACAAGAUGGUACAUUUCAGACCACAUCUAUGUAAACUACUCAAAUACAUAAUAAUACAGGGAUAUUAAAAAUAAGUACCUAAAUAAAUCACAAUAUAUAAACUAGUUAAAACGAAAAUACAAUCCCAUGUUUUAGAUUUUUACAAGAUGGCGCCUUUCCUGUCAUAAAAUAGAUGCGGUUAUUCGUCAAAGCGACAAAUUACGAACUAUCAAUCCGCCAUUAUUACUCACAUAAUUCUUGCAGAGCAUUUAUAUUAAACCCAUUGAAAUAAAUGUGAAUUUUUUUGAAUAUUCAUAAUAAUAUUUAUUAAUGUAAUAUUUUAUCUUAUUUUAUUUGGAUUAUCGGACUAUUUUGGACCAUCUUUUGACUCUCCGGAUUAAAAAGUUCAAAGGCUUCCCACCUAAUAAUGUACAUAUAUACAUAGAAUAAGUUACUUAACCCUUUUAUUUACUCAAAUAAACAUAAAAAUCAUAUAAAUAAAAGCACUCGCUUGUAACGUUUUUAUGAAGUUUGGUGUCUAUGUUCAAUUAAUUCUACUGUUACUAAAUGAAACAAUGGCUUUUAGACUUUUAUUUUAAUAAAACAAUAUUUCAGGACGCGCCAGUAAUUCCUUUAAUUUCAAUUAGCAAUGCGCGGAAGUCUCCACUUCGUAGCUUAUGUACCGCUUGCGACAAACUCGUCUCUCACCCCACUAGUAAAUAAUCAAAUACAUUGCUACAGCUGACCUCUGCUAAAACACAACUUCAUAUAGCCGUAUGUAUUAGUGCUGUAUUCUAAAGGUGAACCGUUUUCUUUAGUAUACCUACCCUAUUUCCUAUGAUGCAAGAUUUUAUGUAAUUAUUUAAAAUCUUAAGAGUUUUUGUUUUAAUGAUUAUUUGACAGCACGUAUAAUGCCGCCGUGUACCUGUAUUGAUUGCGGUAAAGUUUCAAUAGCUAUAGAAGUAAUGAAGUUCUUGUUAUUGGCUGACCACUCAGCAUAGAACUUAAGAGUUCUUCAUCGACUGAAGUCCAAGAUAGGAUGUUACUAUUGGAGGAGGACUAGAAAUUCGCAGAUUACCCUUACGUUGGGCAAUUGCACGAUAUGUAGGUACGCGACUCUACACAUGUUCAUAAGUUUCACUUACCGCUCAAGAUCCGUACGACGGCCUUUUAUUGUGACUUUAAUAUUUUUUACUGUAACCUUUGCUUUUUGACAAAUACAAAAAUCCUAUAUUAAGAUAUUUCUGAUUAAGCUGUUGCAAUGGAAAAUAAAUUAAUCGCUGACAAAUAUUAUGCUUAUCUUAUAUUUUUUCAAUAUGAAAUUAUCAGGCAAAGAUAAAAACAAAUAUUUGAGUUUUAUCAUCAACUGAAAUAAAUAUUAUAUGGCGGUUUUAAAUAUAUAUAUAUAUUUCAAUUUACCUAACAAAAACGUUACCCAAGCUUUUUAGCAGUCACUUGUAAAAUUAAUUUGUUGUUCUGACAUAUGUCGUUCUAAGCUUUAUUUUGUAACUGUUAUCUGUAUCUGUUAGUGUAUGUACUACAAGAAUCCAAAGCUAAAUGUAGUGGUAGUGUUGUAACAAAUCGCAAUUUUUCUUUGUAAAUAUUACUUUUAGUUUUAGUAAUUUAUUUAAUAACUAGUUGAGUUAAAUGCGUCUCAAUUGUCCAUGACACAUUCUGUAUAUAGCUGUAGGUAGUUGCUCCAUUCCUCGUGUUUUGUGAUGAAACAAAGCUUAAAAAAUUUAAUUAAACUGUCCAUUUGAGACCCCAUUACUUACAUAAAAUAAUUUAUGAAUUAUAUAAAAUAUUAUUAACAAGUAAACAGAGUGGCAAUAAUUUGUAUUAUACAUAACUUAAUCACUUAAUGCGAGGGUAGGUUUAAGAACAGUGCCGAAUUAAGUACGUAGUUGAAUAGGAAUUGCUACGAAUCCCGCUCAAAAUCUCUGCCUGAGCGUAAUUAUCUGAGUGAAACUUGAUGUGGUAUUGGAUUAGACUACUUUCAAUAUAGACUGUCUAAGAAAAUAGCGAUUCACUCGAUUGUAUGAAACGCGCAGUCAUUGACAGAUUGACAGAUGACAGCUGUAAUCUUGUGAAAACGGAGAUAGCCGAAAUCCACCACGUUUUAUGCAACUGUUCGCUUUCAAACGUAGGCGGAUUAUACUUCGUCGUCAAUCGCCAUACUGUAAUUACUACUAUUUCAAACUUAUGUCAAAUCACUGCACGUUUCAUACUAAACUAAAUUUCAAAUUUUACUUAGACCCGCAUCUUAUUACGUAGUAUUGACAUCUUCAUUGAAAGAAUUUGCUACGGGCCCUGCGCUUGCUUAAUCCGGCACUGUUAAAGACUCAUGUCAUGUUUUUCGAGAUUUUUAUAAUAGUUGUCAUCUUGUGAAUGUCUAACAUGUUCAUAUCCAUACUUUCAUAUCAUUUACGCUUUGCAUUGAAUGUGUGAUUUGAAUUAGUCAAAUUGGUAGGUUUGAAUUUUAAAUGUUGUGCCUUUUAGCUACAUUGGAAUAUGUCUCGAGUGUACUAGUCGAACCAUUAUAAUAUCUUUUUCUAGUUUUCAUUUUUAUAUGUUACAUGUUUGUGCCUACAUUAAAUAUAUUAUGUUAUGUAACGUAAUUUCGAUGAUUUUUCAAUGAUAAUUCAAUUCUGUGUGAGGUUUUCACUAAUCUCAUAAUAAUUUAUUUUCUUAUCCUGAAUGCAUUUGUGUAAUUAUCAUGAUUGUAAUGAAUUAAUUGAUGAUAAAAUUACACGAAUUUGUCCAUUU